AUGUCUAAUUUACCAUCACCUGUAUUUAGUAAUGAUAAUGAAUGCCAUGUAAUUACUUUAGAAAAUGAACCUUAUAAUAGAAGUCAAUGUACCUCACCUGAUGGAUUUUCUUUUACAAGACCAAGAAGUGUAACCAUUAUAGAAUCUGAUGAAGUAGAUAUAAAAAAAAAUAAAAAAUUUAAUGGUAUAUUAAAAAAUAAUUCUAAUUCUUCAAUUAAACCAUCUAAUGAUACAAAAAUUGACAAUCCAAAUUCUGUUGUUUCAUUUCAAAAUAGAUAUACAAAUAUUCCUACAAUAAAUCAAACAAUUAAAUCAUUUUUAAAUUUUUUAAAAAAUUAUAAAUGUAUAAUAUUAUUAAUAAUUUUUAUUAUAUUAAUUUUAUCUGUUAUUGGAUUAAGUAUAUCAUUAGGAAUAAUAACUCCAUUAUCAAAAUUAUAUUGUACAAGUAAGGCGUGUAUAUCAUCAGCUACCAGAUUGAGUGAAUAUAUUAAUAGAAAUGAUGAUAUUUGUAAAAAUCCUUAUAAUGUAAUUUGUGGAAAUACUCAGGAAUGGAAUUAUGAAGAUAAAGAUACAAUUUUUUUAACAAAAUUUAAUAAUAAACCACAAUAUUUUAUUGAAACAAUAAAAAUAAUCUAUAAUAAAAUAUUAAAUAUUUUAAAUAAUCCAUCUAAUGAUAAUGAUAGUUUACCAUUUAAAAUAUCAAAAACAUUAUAUGAUGGAUGUAUGAAUAAUGAACUUCGAAAGAUUCAAGGAAUGGAACCAUUAAAAGAAUUAUUAAAAACUUUACCAUGUGGAUCAAUUUUAAAUGAAUGUACUUCAUUUAACUCAACUAAUUAUUCACUAGAAACAAACAUUGGUUUGUAUGGUUUUUAUGCUGGAAAUCUUAAUAUUAUAUAUUAUGAUAAAGAUAUUGAUCCUGAUUAUGAUGGAAAAGUUAUAUUAUCUUUUGCUCCACCAGAUUUAACAACUUUUUUAAAUCCAUAUAGAAGACAAAUUGAAACAACAGAAUUUGACAAUCCUAAUUAUCGUAAAAAUCUUUUAAUGUUUGCCAUAAAAAAUGUAUAUAAAGAGUAUAUAACAAAUAUCUUAAAUAAUAGUAAAUUUAAUGAUAAUCAAAUUGAGGAGGUGGCAAAAUUUACAUUGGAACUUGAAAAUUUUACAACAACAAUGGAUAGUUAUAAUACAAAUUUUAAAGUUUUAACUAUUGAUGAUCUUAAAUUAGAAUUAGGUAGUUUUGAUAUAAUGACAUUUUUAGAUACAGAUAUUAGUAAUAAAAAUACAUGGAAUGGUACAAAUCGUGUUUUAAUUAAUAACAUUGACUAUUUUAAACAUUUAAAUUUUUUUUUAAAAACUUUUAAAUUAGAGACAAUUGCUAAUUAUUUAACAAUUACUUCUACAAUAAAUCUUGCAAAAUAUACAAGUAAUCUUAAUACUGAUAAUGAUGUAUGGGAAAAAUGUAUUGAUGAUAUGUUAAAUCUUGAAUCCACAAUAACAUUAUACAAUAAUAGAUAUGGAGUUAAGAUAAGUAAUGAAGAAAAUAUUCAAAAAAUAUUAUUAAAAAUGCAAAAUUUUUAUAUUGAUACACAUACAACUAUUUCAUCAGAGUUGAUACAAAAAGUUAGAACAAUGAAAAUUCAGGUUGGUGUACCACCUCAAAUAAGAAAUAAAAAUUUUAUUGAUGAUAUUUAUUCUAAUGUACAUCUUAAUUCAUCAGACUACUUCAGUACAAUGCUCAGAAUACUGAAACGUCAAAGAGACUAUAGAAUUUUAAAUAUUGGUUCAGUCAUUGAUUCAAGAGAUAAUGUUCAUUGGAAUAUUUUAUAUCCUGAAAUUACUUAUGAUGAACAUGAAAAUACAAUUUUUGUACCAUUAGCAAUAUUAAAGAUACCAAUUUUUGAUGGAAAUUAUAAUGAUAAUUGGAUAACAAUAUCAAGUCUUGGUUUUUUAUAUUUUCAAAAAUUAUCAAAUAUCAUAUGGAAUUCACCCUACGAAACUGGAUACAAGGAACAAUUUAUUAAUUGCCUUACUUCUAAAUCAAGUAUUGGUAGUUUUGGAAGUUCAGCUCCUAAAAUUGGAAUAAACACUCUUCAAAAUACAGAUUCAUUACAAACAUUAAUGAAGUUUAUGCUUAAAAAUGGAUAUAUUAAUGAAAAUAAUAAAGAUAACUUUUCAAAUAUCCCUGGUUUUAGUGAUUAUUCUUUUUAUGAAUUGGCAAUUCUUCAAUCAUCAACAUUUACCUGUUACAAAAAAGAUCCCUUAAAUUUUAUUGAAAAUGUCAUUCAGGAACAAAUUAUGUACAAUUCUUUAAAUGAAAUGAACAUCUUUUCUACCACAUUCAAUUGUUCAGAAGAGUGA